GUCACGCAAGAAAAUUCAUAAAGCAGGCUUCCAAGUUUUCGGAUUGAUACGCUUACGCGUCUCUCUCUCUAUCAAUCUGAAUUCCCGUGAAGCAAACAAGGCUUGUCUUGCCCUAUCAUAACUUUCACACAUGUAAUCGAAACAUAUAAGGUUAAAAUAACCUCCCGAUCAAAUUUCGCUCUGGAUAAAGUUUCCGAGUAUAUCCAUUUGCCUCGUUCCUAGCAAUUCCGAUUUCUGAAUCGUUUCACUCAAUUUUUCUCCUAUCGCUUAUCGGAUUUUCUUUUCGUGUGGUGAAUUGUAUUUUUCUCGAGCAAACAUGAUGCGAGGACAACAAGACCAGCAAUCUCGGAUGUUCUACGAGCUAUCCACUCUGGUUCUCAAUAUUCUUCGAUCUUCUCCGGCACCAAUAUCUUUACCUGAUCAUCACCCGGCCUUGCCGCCGUCGAGGCCAUCGCCUUCACUGAGUCAGAUAUCGCCCGCUGGGUUUGCUUCCUUGCUUUUGGGAAUUUCGAUGGCUUUGAUGCUCUGUGGAUCGGUUACUUUCUUUCUUGGGUUCUUUCUGAUGCCCUGGGUUUUUGGAUUGGUCAUGGUGUUGUAUGUGGCUGGAAUUGUUUCCACUCUCAAGAUGUUGGGGCGUUCAAUGAUUUGUUAUGCUACGUCCCUGGCAGAGCCGCGCAAGGAAAUUCCUGCAUGGAAGCUAUUGUAGAAGGGUUUGAGGCAGUAUGAAUUGUGUUUGGUGCUUGCCCACGCAAGGUAUGGGAGGAUUGACGAUGAAGAUUGCGGACUUUCUUCAUAUAUUAAAGCCUGAAUCAUGGAUUAUUUACAGAGUUUUUACUGAAACUUGUUGAUAUCACUACUCCUUCAAUUAGAAAAUAGCGAGACCUGAAGCAAUGCUCAAGAUGCGAGGGAGUUAUUACAAGUUUCUUUCAUCUGUUUUCAUUUAUUGUCGUUAUAAAUAUCAUAUCCUGUAAAUUUCUAAUGUACCAAUAGACUCUCGAGAGGGUCAAAACAAAGUCGCAUCAAGGCAAGAGAAAAUCUGGGAUGGGGCAGUCGCUACAUUCUAAAGCAACACAUAUUUUUCCCUCUUUUGGUUAUAUUCGGUUUUGAUAUAUAGAUGCAUUAAAGUUUACUCUGUAAUACAAAGUGCGACUGAACAAAGAUAGGAGCAAUGUAUUAAUAUUGUUGAAACGGUCAUAUUAUAACUAGCCGAGCUCGGGCUUGGAAAUUACUGGUUCAA